AUGAAGACAAACAAUAUUUUACUCAUAUUAGUGUUCAUAUUAGGAGUUAAUGAUUGUGAUGCAAAGACGAUCACCGAAUUUCCACCAAUGAGUUUAUAUAUUGGCACAGAUGGUGAUGGUUUCGGUGCAGGCUCAUUGCCAUUAGGUGUUCAAAGUCCAUAUGGUGCUCUUCGUUUAGGUGCUGAUACCAGUAAUACUUUAAAUGUUCCGAUUAUAUUCAAUCAUCUUGGUGGUUAUCAUUAUUCUGAUACUCAUAUAGAUGUCUUUUCACAUACGCAUAUGUUCGGAGCUGGCGUACAGGAUUAUGGCGAAGUUGGUAUCAUGCCAACUCAAAUAACUAGCACUAAACAAUUAGAAGAAAUGAUUUCGAAACGAAAUGGCUAUCGUAGUGCGUUUCGACAUGAACGUGAAGUUGUCCAACCGGGUUAUUACCAAGUUUAUCUUGAUACACAUCAAAUAAAUGUUGAAUUAACAGCUACGGAACAAGUUGGCAUACAUCGUUAUACGUAUGAUAAGAUAAAAAAUAAACAUCAUGCUAUACUUAUUGAUAGUAGUUACACAUUACAAGCACGUGCAUGCAAUCAUAGUCAAAUUAAUAUUGAUACAACAAAUUAUGAAAUUACGGGAUUGAUUUUUAUCGAAGGAUCACUUUCAAAACGUUUUGGCGGUCUAGCAACUUAUUUUGUUAUUACAUUCGAUCAUGAAUGGGCUGAUUUCGGUGUUUGGAAUGAUGGGGAAAUCAUUGAAAAACAAAAUCAAACUAAUGGAUGCUCAUCAGGUGCUUAUAUUAUAUUACCUGAUGAACACGAACAAAUAACAAUGUAUGUUGGAAUUAGCUUUAUUUCGAUUGAUCAAGCACGUACUAAUUUACAUAUGCAAACAAAUAUAUUUCAACCAUUUGAUUCUCUUCGAACAAUAGUACAACAAAAAUGGCUCGAUGAACUAUCGAGAUUUGAGGUUAGUGCGGAAUGGGAUCGUGAAGCUGAAAUUAAAUUCAAUUCAGCUCUUGUUCAUUCAUUAUCAAGUCCAACGCAAUGGGACGAAUCAAAUGGUGCCUAUCUUGGAUUCGAUGGUCAAAUUCAUACAAAACCCGAUUAUAUGCAACAUGUCUAUACUGAUUUAUCCAUAUGGGAUGUAUUUCGUACGCAAAUUCCAUUUAUUCUUUUUCACGAUUCACAACGAGCAAAUGAUAUAAUACAUUCUAUUAUGAUUAACGUUGAACAAGGUGGUGAUUUACCUAAAUGGCCUUUUGCUAAUGGUUAUACAGGUUGUAUGAUAGGUUCACAUGCUGAUAUUCUUAUAAGUGAUUUAAUUAUGAAAAAAGAACAUGAUCAACAUUUAAAUUUAACACAAGUCACACAAGCUUUAAGAAAAGUUGCUAAUCAAAAUCAAGUACAUGACGGCCGAUUUGACCCAGCAGCAUAUAUAAAAUAUCAAUAUGUUCCUUAUGAUAUGGAUCACGAUUCUGCAUCAUUAACAUUGAGUUAUUCUUACGAUGAUUGGGCUAUAGGAAACGUGAUGAAUGCUGCUGGCUUAACUGAUGAAGCUAAAGAAUACUAUGAGAGAUCAACGUGGUUCGAACAUGUGUUUGAUAGUGAAACAAAAUUUUUUUGUCCAAAAAAUACAACAGGAAAAUUCUAUUGUCCAGAAAAUGAAAUUGAAUUUAUUAAUCCAUUCGAUAAUAGAUAUGUCGAAGGCGACGCUUGGCAUUAUCGAUUUUUUGUACCACAUAAUACAUCACGUCUGAUUGAAUUAUUUGGCGGCCGAGAUAAUUUUAUUGAAGAAUUAAAUUCAUUUUUUCAACGUGGACAACCAUGGACGUCAACAUUAUUGCCCAAUCCAUACUAUUGGCCAGGCAAUGAACAUAAUCUAUUUUCUGUUUGGCAAUUUAACUAUGCUAAUCGUUCAGAUCUUACACAAAAAUAUGCACGAUGGCUGCUGAAUCAUGCUUAUACAAUGAAACCGGACGGGUUACCUGGUAACGAUGAUUAUGGAACAAUGUCUGCUUGGUAUCUAUUUACUAGUAUGGGUUUUUAUCCUCUAUCUGGUUCAUCAACAUAUUUAAUUGGUAGUCCAGCAUUUGAUCGUAUAAAAAUUACAAGAAAAAAUACUGAAUGCGUUUUAUUAAUAAACGUUCAUAAUAAUUCUCCAACGAAUAUUUAUGUUGAACGUGUUUUAUUGAAUGGUGAAAUUCUCUUAACAUUUCCAUUUCUCGAUCAUAUAGAUCAUUUGAAAUGUUCGGAUGACAAUCAAUCAAACAUUCAAUUAGACUUUUUUAUGUCACCAACUCCUGUUUUGUCAUAUGACAAAUAA